AUGGAUCCAGUACUACUCCUGAUAUUUUCUAUUGUAAAUACAGUAUGUAUAAGUCUCUACCUGCCCAGCAACGAUAGAGAAUCUCCACAUUUCACAAUAGUCCAGGAUAUCGAAUACUCACAUACGCCGUAUCAUCCUGCUAUGCUAAUACACUUCACAAUCACAUACGAAAGUAAGACUGACGACAUAAUUAAUGAAAUUUAUUACUACGGAGCACAGAUAUUCCACGACAAGGGACACGACCCGCCGCCAGAACGAAGAAUCGUGACCUACACGAUGACGGGAAGGCAGGUUAUCAUCUCAGUACACCCGAGUGACAUAGACACGUCAGUGGACACUAAUUACUUUGAAGCCCAGUACUUUAUAGACCACGACGGAGUCUACGACAUAGCGCACAACGUGCCGAGCGGAAUCCACAUCGUCAACAACAACCCGAACUCAGUGAAGGAGCACGAGCUGCUCGCGUUCCUCACGAAAAAGGACAUGGAACACGAAAUAUACCCAAUCUUCCCCUCGAAGAGCAUCUUCGACUUCAUCACGACGAAGCUGUUCUCGAGGUUCUUCAGGAACGCGACCUCGAAUGAACCUGAGCACAAGUACGAGAAGGCGAGUGAGCUGGAGGACGACUACCAGCUCAGAGGCAACGCCGAGGGCGAGGACGGGGCCCUCGUGGAGGUGAACGCAGGGGACGAGGCGGGGCAGAGGCACGAGGGGCUCCACCACCGCCGCCCGGGCGCCCACGAGGACCAAGUGGAAGUAUAG